CCCUCAUGUCGCUGGUGCUCUUUUUGCCAACCACCUUAAAUCCGUGUCCUCGGCUUCUCGACCCUUUUGUCAGUUUCUCCUUAUCUACUCUGUCUUACAGCCCUCGUGGUUUUGAGUUUUGAUCUGCACAGUGAUUCCAUUCCUAGCCUACCUCCUCUCAAUACCCUCUCUUUCCCCAGAGUCGAGGAUGGCAUAAAGGAAAUUACCAAGUUCCAUCGGUCUCACUCCUGGGGAGAAGCGCAGAGAGGUCCAGCGUCGUCGGUGCCAGGAUGAACUGCAGAUCGCAGACCCUGGAGCUGACGGUGGAGGCCCGGCAGAUCGAGGAGACCGUCCUGGCCGUGCUCCACACCGUGCUCCUGCACAGGAGCUCGGGCAAGUUCCACUACAAGAAGGAGGGCACCUACUCCAUCGGCACCGUGGGCACCGAAGACGUCGACUGCGAUUUCGUCGACUGCACCUACGUGCGGGUGUCGUCCGACGAGCUGGACCGCACGCUGCGCCGGUCUGUCGGCGAGUUUAAGGACGCCCUUCGUAAUUCUGGCAGUGAUGGGAGUGGUCAAAUCUCCCUGGAGUUCUACCAGAAGAAGAAAUCUCGCUGGCCUUUCUCGGAUGAGUGUAUCCCAUGGGAGGUGUGGGCCUUCAAACUCAAUGUAGUGAACCUGGCCAAUGAGCAGGAGAGGCAGAUCUGCCGUGAGAAGGUGGGUGAGAAACUAGGCGAGAAGAUCAUCAACAUCAUAGAGGUCAUGAACCGGCAUGAGUACUUGCCCAAAAUGCCAACCCAGUCGGAGGUGGACAAUGUCUUUGACACAAGCCUGAGAGACGUACAGCCUUACCUGUACAAAAUCAGUUACCAGAUCACCGAUUCUCUUGGGACCUCUGUUAGUACCACCAUGAGGAGAUUGAUCAAAGACACCCUGGCUUUAUAAUCUGUCCAAUAUCUACCAAAAAAGCAAACUGACACUGUUGCAUUUUUACUUUACUCCUUUUCCCCAACCUUCCCAUUCUACUGCUUUUAUUCUUCUUUAGCCAGUUUUGGGGAGUCUGUCUGAUUUGAAACGCCACUGAAUUAUAUCCACUACACUGUGAUUCCUCAUAAAAUUUCAUUCUGUUGGUUAUGUUCAGCGUGAAGAAUAUUUUGCAUAGUUUCAAUGUUUCUGUUUAUUUAAAUAGUUGGAGGUGGUCAGGAAAAAAUUCAAGUUACUGGAAGGGAGACGCAUAAACAGGACAGCCAGGUUCAAGCACUCAACUCUUAGCUCUUGAUAGUUUCCCCAUAAAAUAAUCAUCAGCACCCCAACCACCUACCUUGUGUGCGAGUACUACAAGGAUAUGAUAUGACUUGCAUGCAAUGCUCUUCAGAGUGAGAGAGUCAGCCUAGUAUCUAUUAUCUAGGCUCACACAAAAAGUAUUGCCGCUAAGAAAUAACUGACUGCUGGCAAUGAGGAACUGUACCCCAGCAUGUGUUAUUUAUUACCUUAAGGUGAAAGCAAAAGACGGCGAGAAAAGUGGGGUUGUGUAUAAAGAGCAGAAAAAGACCCAUCAGAAAGCAUAUAAAUGUAGAUGUAAAAUAUUAGUGGAGAUGCAGUAUUCUAAAAUUAAUUUCAGAGGCCUUGCUUUAAUUUUUGCCAUAAUCCACCACAAUGAAACUGACUGACUAAACCAAAAAUCCUUUUAGAAUCUUUAUAAUACUUGCUGGUUCCGAAUAGUUCAUCUGUUUCAACACUGAGAGGCUGAUUUGUCUUUGGUCAAAGCAGCAUCAACAACUUGCAAACAUAUAAUCCCAUAGAGGAGAUUGGGAAACGAGUGACAUGAAUGUGGAAUUUAAGGGCGAGAAUGAUGACUGAUGGCUGUGCCUUUGAUAGUGGAGCUAGUUUGAUGGGGAGCAUCACAAACGGCUCAAGUGAUUUGUUAGGAAGCCUUUGUACAUAAUUUCUAGUGUUAAUUUCUGAUUUUUCUUUACAUAUAUAUUGUUCAUAAAUCUGUCAAAUAACUUAUGUAUGCUAUAAAAAAACAACUGGAGGAA